AUGAAGUUUCAUAAGCCCAGCAUCCUCGCUAUAUCUGGGGCUUAUAAUGUUCUUGCCCAGCGCAGUACGCCACUCCUAGAAGUACAGAUUUCGAUUGAGAAACUAGUUACUGACAUCCCAUUAUUUCUAGAGCGAAGAGGUUGCCCAAAUACAGAUCCCAAUGCUUUUGGUGGGGUGGCUGGCUGCAUCACUCUCGUCAAUCCCCCAGACCCAACCAACAUUGGAGCAACAACCAAGGACGUAAUAGCAACUCGCAACGUUCUACCUCCUGGUGCCGCUUUUAGUCUGGUAACUAUUUCUAAAACAGGGGACGAUAGUGACCCAAAAACCCCAGCAACUACAGAGGUCACUUGGCUAUCUUCAGAUAUACCAAUAACAACAACAGGGACUAAUGGACAGGCUACAACCACCACAACCCCGGCUUGGGUUUGUCUAGGCAGUCUGUGCAACCCUGAGUGUACAAUCCCGGUGCAAAAGUGUGAUAGACAGGACGGAGUCGGCAUCGGAGGGUUCCCUUGGCCAACAACACCUGAUCCAUCCGCUUUAAUCCCGCCUCCAAGUACAGCUGGUCUCCCAUCAGCAACAUCAAGUGCUGGUGGGAUUGUUGGAGGUGGUACCACCGGGGGCGGCGACAGCGGCAGUGGGGGAGGAAGCGAUGGCAACGGGAGUGGAAAUACUCCUGGGGGAGGGAUUGGAGGAGGAGGUGGCGAUUCUGGAGAUGGGAAUGGUAAUACUCCUGGAGGUAGUGGAGGAGAUGGUGGCGGUGAUUCCGGGGACGGAAAUGGUAAUAACCCAGGAGGCGGCGGCGGCGGAGGAGGAGGAGGAGGAGACAGCGGCAACGAGAAUGACCCAACCAAGACGGAUGACACGCCAAGCUCGACCUUGUCUUCAGCUGAAUCUUCAACUUCGACCUCAGACGGCUGUACUCAGACGGUAUCAUGUACACAGAAAUGUGUCAUCUCAACAUCUGCAGCAGCAACGCCUACAACCUCUUGCGAGACAGACCGGCAGAAGAUUGAAUGCACCACUCUGGAUGUGACAGAAUGUAGGCCAAUAACGACAUCUACGGCGACUACAACCACGCAGAGCACUGUUGCCGGUGGUAUGUGUGAUGCAGGCUCAUGCGGCUGUUGGACACCGCCUUCUAACAUCUUGCAACCAACGAACAGUCCUGGUGAGCGACUACCCAGUAUCACUGACUUUCCUUCUACCGAUGACAUCCAGGCUCGCAAAUCGAGAAGGGCCCCUGCACCACCUGAUUCGAAUUCUAUUCUGCGGAACGAAUUUGAAGACCCAGGACCACCUGGGUCCAUUAAUCGUCAAAUUUGGUACGGAAACGCCUUACAGCUGAUUCGUGACUACGGUGCCGGCAAUUUGAUAGACACUCGGGUUGGGGCGUUGAUGUCAUCGAAGAUGUGGUCCGUCAAGGACCUGGCCCAUCCUUUCAUCACUGGUGGUGGUCCGUCCUGGGGCUGUACUACUGUGCUUGUUUUCUCAGACCGUGGCAUCUGGCUCGGCCAUUUCUGGGAGGGAAACCACAUAAAUAUACAGGAUGACGCUGCAUUUGACUCCGUAGCGCUGGAUUUUAUACGAAAUGGUCGUCGAGGGCAGCCAUCCCUAUCAGAGGCAAGGUCACAGUAUUUUGGCAACGAUCCAGACAACGGUGCUGCUGCUCGCUUCGUUCACGCAUUGAUUUUUACACCUAAUGCUGUGAAUCCACGAUCUGAUGAGGUGCCAACCUGGGACCGCACCAGUGCAAAUCCCAACGAUCCAUGGUGGUUCAGCAGAAUCAAUCGUAUCAAGGAUACAAUCAAGCAGAUAGUGCCCGAAGUCGGCGAAAAUGUCGAACCGGCUACUUAUGCGUGGUACGGAAACACGGUCGUCGUCGAUGACGCAAAUAGUGCUGAGUUGGGAAUUGCAGUGUGGGAGUACGUACCGGGGCAUGUGCAUCAGAAUGACGCCGCGAAUCAAUGCGCCAAUACGCGGGCUAUAAGGGUUCAUGUUCAAGGCCGACUUUACGGACCUUGGACCUGGCCAUGGCCAGUUGCCGCGAACACCCAAUCAAACAAGCGCGGUGAGGUAGGCAUUUGCCCUUCCAAUAUCGGCCAGUUGCUUCAGAAGCAAGAUCCCAACUCUAAAUCCUCGGAUUCUGAGUUCUACGAUCCGGAUCGGUUCCUCGAAGGAAGUAACGAUGAGCAGCCGUCUCCUAGUUCGACCGUUGUGUCCACCAAAACAGCACCCGACAACUCGCCUACGUCUGUACCUUCAGAGCAGCCCUCUUCCACAACGCAAAGCCCUCCUAAGUGUAGUCAUGUGGCGUUUGGCAGCGGUGGUGUGGUUGUUGGCUCAGGUUGCAGUGGCUAUCCCCCUGAUGCGACUGUAACUUACAGUGUCGCCCGACGCGCUAGAAGAGCUCUGCCCGCUACAUUCGUAGCUUAG